AUGCGGCGCAAGCAGAAGCGGCUGCUGCAGGCGGUGGGGCUGGCUCUGGCCGCCCUCGUCUUCCUGCCCAACGUGGGGCUCUGGUCCCUCUACCGAGAGCGGCAGCUGGAGGGCGGCGGGGCAGCCGGCGGGGAAGGGGCUGGGGCCGCCGCCGCUGGCGCUGCGGGGCCGCCGGGGGUAGCGGCUGGCGAAGCGCCGGUAUCAUACGUGAGGCAAAAGAAAGACCCUUACUUUGGUGAUGGACAAAGGAAAAAGGACUGGCAUAACAAAGAAGCUAUAAGGAGGGACUCUGAGCGUGUAGGAAAUGGCGAACAGGGAAAACCUUACCCAAUGACUGAUGCAGAGCAAGUGGACCAGGCAUACAGGGAAAAUGGCUUUAAUAUCUUUGUGAGUGAUAAAAUUUCUCUGAAUCGUUCUCUUCCAGACAUCAGACAUCCAAACUGCAAGAAUAAGCUAUACCUGGAGAAGCUCCCAAACACCAGUGUGAUAAUACCAUUCCACAAUGAAGGAUGGUCUUCCCUCCUUCGGACAGUGCACAGUGUCCUAAACCGCUCCCCACCUGAGCUGAUAGCAGAGGUAGUGCUGGUGGAUGACUUCAGCGACAGAGAACACCUGAAGAAACGCCUGGAGGAUUACAUGGCCCAGUUCCCAAAUGUAAGAAUCCUCCGAACCAAAAAGAGAGAAGGGCUGAUACGGACUCGGAUGCUGGGGGCCUCUGUGGCCAUAGGGGAUGUCAUCACCUUCUUGGAUUCCCAUUGCGAGGCCAAUGUGAACUGGCUGCCACCUCUGCUAGAUCGCAUUGCCCGGAACCGCAAGACUAUCGUUUGCCCGAUGAUUGAUGUUAUUGAUCAUGACCACUUUGGAUAUGAGACUCAGGCUGGAGAUGCUAUGCGAGGUGCAUUUGACUGGGAGAUGUAUUACAAGAGGAUCCCUAUUCCUCCUGAGUUACAGAAACUUGAUCCCAGUGAUCCCUUUGAGUCUCCUGUAAUGGCUGGAGGACUGUUUGCAGUCGAUAGAAAGUGGUUCUGGGAGCUGGGAGGGUAUGAUGCAGGUCUGGAGAUAUGGGGAGGAGAGCAGUAUGAAAUAUCCUUUAAGGUAUGGAUGUGUGGAGGUCGCAUGGAGGACAUCCCUUGCUCUAGAGUUGGUCAUAUCUACAGAAAAUAUGUUCCAUACAAGGUUCCAACAGGAGUCAGCCUGGCCAGAAACUUGAAGCGGGUGGCAGAGGUGUGGAUGGAUGAGUACGCAGAGUACAUCUACCAGCGCAGACCGGAGUACCGGCACCUCUCUGCAGGGGACGUUACGGCUCAGAAGGAGCUUCGCAACAACCUCAACUGCAAAAGCUUCAGGUGGUUCAUGAAUGAGGUCGCGUGGGACUUGCCAAAGUUCUACCCACCCGUGGAGCCUCCAGCAGCCGCCUGGGGAGAGAUCCGCAAUGUAGGAACUGGACUGUGUGUGGAUACCAAGCAUGGAGCCCUGGGAUCGCCACUGAGGCUGGAAAACUGUGUGAAGGACAGAGGAGAGGCAGCAUGGAACAAUGUGCAGGUAUUCACCUUCAGCUGGAGGGAAGACAUCCGUCCUGGGGAUCCUCAGCACACCAAGAAGUUCUGCUUUGAUGCCAUUUCCCACAGCAGCCCUGUGACCCUCUAUGACUGUCAUGGAAUGAAGGGGAACCAGCUCUGGAGAUACCGAAAAGACAAGACCCUCUACCAUCCAGUAAGCAGCAGCUGUAUGGACUGCAGUGAGAGUGACCGAAAGAUCUUUAUGAAUAGCUGCAAUCCCUCAUCUCCAACGCAGCAGUGGAUAUUUGAACAUACAAACUCAACCAUCUUGGAAAAAUUUAACAGAAAUCUUGAUCUUUAAGAGACUGAGGAAAUACAUCCAUAUAUAUAUAUAUAUAUAUAUAUUUUACAAUUCUAGUUUUUACUGGGGAGGGUUACAAAAACAUUUUUAAGAGUACUUUUUUUUAAACAGUGAAUGAAAGUAAAAGGGAGACUCUCAGGAGAAGGUUAACUAGCAGGCCAGGCUUUAUUGUGAAGAUGCUGCAUCCUUCUCUUCUGGGGAUGGUGGAAUGUUAAAGGCUUUGCGAGAGCCACUUCUGUGCUGAGACUGAACUGAAACUGAUUUUGGAGGAGUCUGAAUGCAAUUCAAGCUGCUUUUUUGUUUGCUUUAUUUCCUGCCUGGGUCUGGUGUUAAAGGAUUUUGUUAUCCAGGACUUUCUGUAACUGCUAAGAUGGCGGCCAUGAGGGAAGAUUGUGAAGGGAAGAAAGGGGUAGCCAUAAGGAGGGAUCACGGGGGGAGAGCAAGGGCAACCAUGGGAUGUGAGGGGUGGCCAUGAGGGGAGAGCAGGGACAGCCAUGGGAUGUAAGGGGUGACCAUGGGCCACUAUGAGGGGUAAAUGAGUGGUGGCUGUGAGUGGAGAUCAUGGGGGGCAGCCACAAGGGAAGAUCUUGAGGGGAGAUCAGUUUGUCCUUAGUGACAUGGUUUAGUGGUGGCCUUGGUAGUCCUGGGUUAAUGGUUGUACUUGAUGAUCUUAAAGGUCUUUUUCAACCUGGUUGGUUCUAUGAUUCUGUACCACCUGCUGAAGCGUUCCCACAGAGGUGCUUUAUCUUCCAAAGCCUGCAUAAGUAAAAUCUUGAAGAUUUAAUCCUCCCAUCAAAAAAAAGGCCAUCAAAAUAUUAAAUGAUUUUUUUUUCUUGCCCUAAACCAAAGUAUAUUUCAAUCAGUUGAGUAUUAUCUCUUUCCAAAUCACAGCCCUGAUAAAGGAACUAGCUCAGUGGAAGUGCAGCCAGGUGUUGGGAACAGCACUGUAGUUAUUAGUGAUGAGGAAUCUGUGUUUCUGGUCCAUUCACUCUGCAGUCAGUUUGUCAGUCACUGUUGGAUCUUCAAGGUGAAAGAUGAGCAGAGGGAUAUGAAAUAAGCACAGUUCUUAAAGGUGAAGGUUUUUUGCUAAGAGCCUUUGAAUAUCAGGUUCCAAAUUUGCCUUUUAUUCAGAAUCUUUCUAGCAUGGACACCUCUGGAAUUUUUCAGAGUUUAAUCGAUUACAUAAAGGCCACUUCCAUUUUUCCUUUAGAAGAUUGAAAGCUAACUUAAUUCACAGUUGGUGUGAGCAGAUUAGUUCAGGAUAAUUAAGUCAGGGCUGAAAUUAGCUGUUGGUCUUUAUCCAUUUGUUCAUCAGUGUGCAGCUUGUUGCGGUGGUGAGUCCUGUGGUCACUAGCAUUCUAGGCUUGUGCUAUUUAUCCCUCCUCUUUUCCCAGCAUCCACAGCACUGUACAGUUUCCUGUGACUGGAAAUCUGUUUGCUUAAGCAGAGAUGUGAGAUUGAUGGGCCCAUUUCACUGGUACCCUAACCUCCAGUUAGCUGUGCAAGGUGUUACCCUUCUGGUUUGGCUGCAGGAUGUGCCAGACACUGAACCAGAAUAAUCUCAUCCCAGGUAGGGUGUCAUGUGAAGGCAAAGAGAUUUCUGCCUACUGUGAAGAAACAAGCAGGCUGGCCCUUUCUGCAGAGCUCCAGAAGGGAGCACUUUCUGAUGGUGCCAAUUGUAGGACCAUUGCCCAUGUUUCAGAUGUCCUUGAGGCCAUGUAAUGCCGUGUCUGUCAACUGGGAGCAAACUAGGACACAGCUAUCUGCCUCUUAAGGCUGAUGUGUUGACUGAGAGGCUCAAAUUCAUUCCCACCUCUCUCAUCCUCACAGCUGAGGCCACACGCUGACUUACCUGGUACAUGCAUUCACGAAGCAAGGGGAACAUGGGUACUGCAUUACAGUGGGGGACCGGCUUGCCAAAUGCAUUGGUAUCUAACAUUUUGGGAGUGAAAAAAGACUCUAGGCUUCCCCUGUGACAGUUGUACAGCAGUACUGCUAUGGAAGUGAGGCCAGCAUCAGAGUUGACAUCUUGUGUUCUCAGUAACUACCAUACAUCUGUCAUUAGGAUCCUUUAUCAUUUCUGUGGGAGACAGAACCAGUUCCCAGUGCUUUGUGUCUGUUGCUUUCCUUAAGUUAUUAAUGCUCUCAUUAGUCUAGUAGUGCUGACUAUGGAUCAAUAGAUGGUCUGACUAGAUGUUUUUAUACCUGUGGAACAAGAAGCUGUCCAUGAACAGUGCUAGUUUAAAAGUGUGACACAAUCAGCAGAUUAUAGGAAUGGACUGUCUGUCAUUCUGCUUGCAGCUUGCAACUGUGUGAGUCUUAGUUUCCUAAUGAGAGGAUUAGCUUCUGUUUGGGAAAUGCAUGGCUUGCUUUGUACUUGGGCUCACCUGGUGAAGGGAGUCCUCACUGCUUGGCUUGCUGAGCACUUGCUUCAGAGGGAGCUGCAGUAAGGAACAGGUCUUUUACCACUUAGUGAUCUUCAUUUGGAGGGAAAGGAAAGCUUGUAGCAGUUUGCACUGAAAGAUUAGAUAACUGUUGAGGCAAUUCCUGUUGUCAAAACCAGCCACCAGUACAUGGAAACAGGAGCUUCAGUGAGAGUGGUCCUCUUGGGUCCUUUUCAAUACGGUUCAUCUGAUCUGCUCCUUGAUGGUUUGGGAUCUGAGUGUGAUCAGUGCCUCACCAAUUCUGACUGGCUCACUGGGCUUUGAGCUAUUAAUUUAUUUACAUUAAUUAUACUUUUCAGUACCCUAGAGGCUUUGCUGACUAAUAAGAAGACUUAAUAUAACCAGCCAUUCACUGAUUGAGAAAUAGAGACUGUAUUUCAUCAUCUACAUCUUUAAUUGAGCCUUUACUGGUUAAUUAUUCCAAUUACUUUUGGUUAUUUGUAAGCCAGAUUGCUAAAGCAUGAACACACAAGUGAAUCUUCCCAUCUGCAUGCAAGUCAGGACUGGAAAUUGAAUAUGCAAAAUAAGUGGUUUUGUAUCUUUCCCCCCAAAAGCAUUCAAACACCCCUCUCUCCAUGGCUGCAUAAAUUCUGCUGCUUUUAAGUAUCAGGAUCCCAGACAACAGGGGGAUCCCCGGAUGUAUGUUAUGUUGCAUAAUAAUACUUCAGUUUGUUCUUGAAGCUGUUGUUGAUUUAUACUGGUGCUAAUCUCUCAGGCCUACAGACAGAGUAAUAGGUUUGGGGCUCUGGUAUGUGCAAGGUAGCUUUUUUCAUGCCUGGGAAAUUAACUUUCUUUUCUACAUCGUAACAGAAGAACGUGUGAGCCUUACUGAAAGGGGAAUUCAGCAUCAUUAAAAUAAAGAUGUGCCUUUUAAAAUGUAAAUGUACAGCAAAUGCUUAAACUUGAACCUUUUCGUAGUGCCUUGCUGGACAAGAGAGGAGAGGGAAAAGGGUUGGGAGGUAAGGAUGUCAGAGAAAGCUUGACUUGUGCUGUGUUUGUGUGUGUUUUCUAGUAUGUCCAACUUGUAAGUGCAAAAUCUGUGUGAACGACAGUAAUUCUGAAGCUCUGGGGUUUCCUUUGUUAAAUCAAUACCAGUAAUGACUCGGGGAAGGGGGAUGUCACUCCUAGUAGGAAGGCUUGGAAAGGAUGACAGCUUCUUCUUGGUACCCUGUAACAACCAAAGCUAGACCAGGGAGUGUCCCGGUUAGCUGAUGGAUGUUCCACCUCACGGUGAAGACUCAUGCAUUUCACCAGCAUGCAAGAUCCUGCAUUUUACUUUCUGAGUAUCCAAAUCAGAAAUCACAAACAGUCCCAAAGGCUGUUAUAAAAAAAGUCCCAAAGCGGCAUUAUAAAGCCACUGGAUCUAUGUGGUCUUAAAUCUACUAGUCCAACUCUGAAGUCCUAAUCCUGAUUAGUGAGCAAGCAAAUGUGAACUUCAACAACAAAGCAAGAUAAAACUGAUAGAACUAAUAGACUAAAACAUUUGAUAACAGUAACAAAUAGCUAUAGCCUCUAAGGUGGAGAAAGGAAUUGGUUUCAAAAUGCAUUCUCCAGGAUCUCGGUGAUUUUGUCUAUUCUUUGUACUGCAUGCGUUUUAUCUGUAAAACUGGAUGGUGCCUCUUGAAUCAGUGUAUAUUUAUUUUGUGCAUAUUAGGACAAACAGCCUAAUAUCUGGGGUUGGUAAAGGAUUUGUAGCACUUUAAUGUAGUAGCUUUCAUAAACUGGGAAUCAUGAAUAGAAUGCCUAGUGUUUUUAAAGCUGAAUGGACUUCCUUUUAUAAUAUAUUUAAAAUAAAUUUUUAAUGUGUUUUCUGAAAA